UCAGUCUUCAUUCUGAGAGGAGAAGAGGGCGAAGACAUGUGAUUGGCCAGGCGGGGGAAGCUCUUUUCCUUUUCCUUGCUCCCGGUAUUCAUGUUUACGCCUUCGCUGACAGGGGCCAGAGUUGACGCGGCGCACAGGGGUCCGGUGUCCAAACUCGGGAGUAAAGUCUUUGGGUUAUUUUUCGCUGCAACCUGUCAGCGUUUUACCUUUUACACUUCUUUUAUGGGACAUGACCUUCUAUCGGCGCUGAAUAGGACUCUCUUUUGUUUAUUUUCUCCUUCCAGCGCAGCGAUGCGUCAAAGUUUUUGGUGAGUCGGUGCGUUUGUGCGGAAGGCGGCAGGGAACCAGGUUAACCUUACAGAUCCUAACAGACUGUGACACCGGGAAAGCCAACUUUUAAUGCAAACGGAAUCAAAGUUUUUUUAUGUUUUAUUUUUUGUUAUGGAUGCUUUUUUAACCAAAGGACAAGAUUAACUCCACGUUUGUACAGUUGAUGAACUCGUGGGUGUCCACGCCAACCUCAUCCAGUGACAGACUGUGCAGGACAGGAGUCCCUCUCGGUGCGGAGGCACAGCCGGAAAAGAUGCGCCUUGCUCCCCUGCAGCGUGUCCGAAUUGUCGCUCCUUCGUUUCUUCUCCUGGUCUUUGGAUUGGUGGUGUCUGGCACUGAGAGCAGCGACUACAGCGAAUCCGAGGUUCUCCCUGAUUCCUACCCGUCGGCUCCAGCGGAGCCCCUCCCAGAGUUCCUGCUAGAACCAGAAGAUGCCUUCAUUGUAAAGAAUCGGCCAGUCCAGCUGCGCUGCCGGGCAUCGCCGGCUACCCAGAUCUACUUUAAAUGUAACGGGGAGUGGGUCAAUCAGAACGAUCAUGUCACCAGAGAAAGCCUGGACCAAGUCACAGGUCUGGUAGUGAGGGAGGUGGACAUCUCCGUAUCCAGGACACAGGUGGAGGAGCUGUUUGGACUGGAGGAUUACUGGUGCCAGUGUGUGGCAUGGAGCUCAGCUGGCACCACCAAGAGCAACCGGGCCUACGUUCGCAUCGCAUACCUGAGGAAGAACUUCGAGCAGGAGCCCCUUGGGAGGGAAGUGCAGCUGGAGCAGGAGGUGUUGCUGCAGUGUCGGCCCCCGGAGGGCAUGCCUGCUGCAGAGGUGGACUGGCUGAAGAAUGAGGACAUCAUCGAUCCAUCACAGGAUUCCAAUUUCCUGAUCACAAUCGAUCACAACCUGAUCAUCAAACAGGCCCGGCUCUCAGACACCGCAAACUACACAUGUGUGGCAAGAAACGUGGUGGCCAGGAGGCGGAGCAGCACAGCCACUCUCAUUGUUUAUGUCAGCGGAGGCUGGUCUUCUUGGACUGAAUGGUCAGAGUGUAAUGUUCCAUGUGGGCCCGGCUGGCAACGCCGAACACGUAGCUGCACCAAUCCAGCCCCUCUGAAUGGAGGAAUCUUCUGUGAGGGCCUGUCGGUACAGAGAGUAACUUGCACCACUCUGUGCCCAGUGGACGGAGGCUGGACCCAGUGGGCAAAGUGGUCCGCCUGUGGGACAGAGUGCACCCACUGGCGCAGUCGCGAGUGCCAAGAUCCACUACCCAGAAAUGGAGGGAAGCACUGUAGCGGAAGCAUGAUGGAGAGCAAAAACUGCACUGAGGGACUUUGUGCAAGAAAUAAAAAAGUCUCACUAGAACAUGCCAGCCAUCCGCUGUCUCCUGGAAUGGGUGUGGCGGUCUACACCGGCUUGGUGGUAGCCUUGCUGCUGACAGUGGUAAUGGCUCUGGGUGUGGGUGUGCUGGCGUAUCGCCGCCGAUGCCGCCAUUUCCACGGAGACAUCACAGAUUCUUCAUCCGCUCUCACUGCAGCGUUCCACCCUGGCAACUACAAGCCUCCCAGGCAAGAUAAUACUCUUCACCCAUCGGCUCCUCCGGAUCUGACUGCUACGGCAGGUACCUUCCGCGGCCCGCUCUUCUCCCUGCCACAGGGCAUCAAUGACAGCCCACACAAAAUCCCUAUGACCACCUCUCCCUUGCUGGACCCGCUCCCCAGUCUAAAAAUUAAGGUUUACAACUCUUCAACUCUGUCGUCCCUGGAGCUCCCGGCUGACAUGGGUUUGGGCGAUGGAGAGAUCCUCAGCCUGAAAUCAGUGGGCACCGUUGGCAGAGAGCGCGAGUUUCACAGCCACACUCUGUCCAGGGAGCCAGGGCUGAGCACCAGCGCUACGCUGGGACAUCUAGGUGGCCGGCUUACCAUCCCCAACACGGGAGUGAGCCUGCUGGUCCCGCCUGGUACGAUCCCUCAGGGGAAGUUCUACGAGAUGUACCUCAUUAUUAACAAGUGGGACAAAACAACGUUACCCUCGGAGGGGAGUCAGACUGUACUUAGCCCUGUGGUGAGCUGUGGUCCAUCCGGUAUGCUGCUGAAGCGACCUGUCGUCCUGACGCUUCCCCACUGCGCUCAGCUCGACACGCCGACACCUGACUGGACCCUCACGCUCAAAACGCAAACCCACCAGGGUGCAUGGGAGGAGGUGCUGACUGUAGGGGAGGAGAGUUUGUCAUCUCCUUGCUACCUGCAGCUGGAGGAGGAAUGCUGCCAUGUCCUUAUGGAGCAGCUGGGAACAUACGGCCUGGUUGGACAGUCCUGCCCUCCUCGGCCUGCCUGCAAGCGCCUGCAGCUGGCUCUGUUCGCCCCCCGAGCUCCCUGCCUCUCUCUGGACUACAGCCUCCGCAUCUAUUGCAUCCAUGACACCCCCCAGGCACUGAAGGAGGUGAUGGAUCUGGAGAGAAGUCUGGGUGGAGUUUUAAUAGAGGAUCCCAAGCCGCUGCUUUUUAAAGACAGCUAUCACAACCUCCGCCUGUCCAUCCACGAUAUUCCUCACAAUCACUGGAGGAGCAAACUUCUGGCUAAGUACCAGGAGAUUCCUUUCUAUCACAUUUGGAGCGGCAGCCAGAGACCUUUACACUGCACCUUCAGCCUGGAGCGAGCCAGCCUGGCUGUGUCGCAGCUCGCCUGUAAGAUCUGUGUUCGGCAGGUGGAAGGGGAGGGACAGAUCUUCCAGCUGCACACAGACAUCCAGGAGACUCUCCCACCUCACUCGCCGCUCCCAUCGGCAAGCACCUGCCUGCCUUCCUCUCAGGUGGGACCGUAUGCCUUUCGCCUGCCCGACUCCAUCCGCCACAAGAUCUGUGCCAGCCUGGAUGCACCCAGUGCGCGGGGUUGUGACUGGAGACUUCUGGCUCGCAGUCUGGGCUUUGACAGGUAUCUGAACUACUUCGCCACAAAGCCCAGCCCUACAGGUGUCCUGCUGGACUUAUGGGAAGCGUGUCACCAAGGUGACGCAGACCUGGUCUCUCUGGCGACAGCUUUGGAGGAUAUGGGGAAAAGUGAAGUGCUGGUCGUCAUGACAACAGAUGGGGAUUGCUGAUUGGCCAAGAAACUGGAGAUCAAGCAGGACAUUUUAGGAGUUUUGUUUCGGGGGAAGGUGGGGGGUUGGUGUCCAUGCAGGGAUGAAAAUGAGAACCCUUGCCUAUGAAUAUGCACACGCUGACACAGAUCUUUCAACAGCAGAGCAUUUUGGUUGUACCACCCACUCCUUUGCUGACUCCUGACCAGCCGUUGUAGCCACGUAUCAACCAUAACCCAUUCCCACGUGUGCCGUCCAACUGCCAACCUGAUUCAGCUUCAGUUCUCCAAAGCAAUAUUGGAUCAGCUAAAUGAAAGAAAAAAAAAAUGAGUGCCCAAAUGGGGAAAAUGCUGCAAAGUCUUUCAAGAUUGUGAUGUAACAUGUAAUUAAGUAAUAGAAAAUAACAUAUCUUACAUAUGUGAGAACAGUGUUAAAUUGCAGAAAUCUGUUUAGCAAACAAACACCUAUAUGAGAACAUGGGGUUAUUUUAGUAGCAGCAUGGAAGAGCAUGAUUUAACACCAUCUCAUCUCAUGGCACAGCCUUUUGUUUCCUUCAUUCUCAUUCAGAGUGGGCUGUGAAUGACAGGCUGCACCAACCUGCCUGCAGCCGUACAGGCCAACGCACACACAUACGUAUGCACACAUACACUCUGCAAAAUACAUACACGGAGAAAGUGGUCGUUAAUCGGCUUGAAAACAUGCAGGCCAGGAAUUCUCGUCUUAUGGAUAAGGAUCAUAUCCUGAAGGUUUCAGUCGGAUCGCUUCUGGCUGAAAAGGGAAAAAACGCUCUGCCUUUUCGUAACUGUGGGAGUGGGAGAUUAAAUUGCAAAGUUGGUUGCAGGAUUGGCAGAUAACUAGGAUGACUCUUUUUAUUGUACCAACAAAUGCCUCAAAGCCAUGGUAUAUCGCGCCGACUCACAGGGGUGUUUCUCUUUCAUCUCUCCUUGCAUUCCUCCGUCUCUCUGCCACGCUCCCUAUCUGCUGAGAAUAAACUGCAUCAUCCCUCAAAAGUUUCCUUUGGGGAACGCUCUUUAAUUUAUUAUCCAUAUUUGUGGAUUGCAUUUUUUUUCCCAUGUUGUUGACAGAAUUAUAAUAUUGGACCUGUUUUACCAUUUGUGCUUCUUUAAGCUGCUGAGCUGCUGUUGAUUGUUAUUUUGUUUUCAUCUUAAAACGAAGUGCACAGCUUUUAGCCGUUGGUAAGAAAAUUAUCCUAUUGUUUUUAAUUUGAUGCAUCUUUUCAAAAUGAACAAUUUCAAUUGCCUUGCAAAAGUAUUCACACCUCAGACAACAGUUUUUCAUAUUUUGUGAGCUAUAAAAUUGUGAUGGGAUUUUAUAUGAUAGAUUGACAACAAGGAAGUUAUAAUUAUGAAUUAAUUAUGAAGCAAAUGGAUACUUAUGCUCAGCAGACAAAGGUUAUAUACAAUAAAAUAAAAAAAUGCAUAGUAUUUACACCAGCAAAAUAUGGCUGCUUUCCUAAACUUGCAGGGCAAGGUAAGAAGAGCAUAUGAGAGGCAGCCAGUUUUUCCAUUGUAGCCCUGGAGGAGGUUCAUAGAUCAUCUGCUCAGGUCAUGGGCAAUUCUAGAAAGGGGCCAGCGGGGGCCAGUGCCCCUGUAGAUCAUAUCCUGGCCCCUGUUAUGGCCCCUUUACUGAAGAUAUAAUACUUAAAGAAGUUCUAAUGAUGAUAUGCGCUGGAAAGACAUGGUUACUGAUAGGUCCUUUGGAUCUAUUUCAUUUUUUUCUUUAGAAAUUCUGUUUUACUAAUUAUUUAAAAACAAUAAGGUGAUAGCGCCAGUGUUAUUGAGAUGGGAACCAAGUUUUUAUUUGCUAAAUGUUUUUUUUUUUUUCAAAACAAAUUUUAAAAAUGCUUUAAUUCAGAUUUUAGAGAAAAUUUUAACUUAAAUUAAGUCAAAAAUAUGUAAUGUAUGAAUUUAUAUGGACCUUAUAAUGAAUAGAAUUUUAAUUAAACCCAAUUUAAUAGAAAUUUCACCUCAUACAGUUUUCUUAAUAUAUUUGAAUCCCUUGCCCUGUUUUUUAUUUCAUUCUUUUCUGUGCCCCCAUGAAAACACGCUGGCCCCCUCCUGGCCCUCUGGUACAUUUGGUCUAGAACCGCCACUGGCUGAGGUGGAAUAAGUUGUCAAAGGAGUGAACCAGCUGUUGUAAACUACGCAUCUUCAUAAGAAACAAACCGAAGGAAUGGAAUUUUUGAAAGACGCAUGAGAAAACUCAUUUAUCAUAAGCUAUUUAUAGCACCCUGCAAACAUGUAAAAGAAUGCCCAUUGGUCUUCAAAACUCUAUGUAUGACUGGAAAUGAACUCUGCAAAUCCCACCAUCCCCAUAGUGGUACAUCUUGGUAGCAGCAUCGUUGUAUGGGGAUGUUUUGUUGUUUGGGUGUUUUUUGCAGCAGCAGCAAUAGGAAACCUGUCAGGGUUGAUUAGAAGAUGGAUCUGUAAGCGACUUCAAGCAACCUGAGAAUCUAAAACCGCAAACAUAAUGGCAGAGCUUUAGGGGAAUGUGUGGUCCCAAACUUUUGGCCUGGUUAAAAUCCAAAUCCAAUUAUUUAAAAAGUAAUGUUCACAGAUGCUUCCCAUUUAAAUUGUCUUAGACAUCUUUCAAAGAACCAGCAUAUAUGUUUGUUUCUAGAUGUUUAAAGAUGGUAAAUAAAAAAUAAAUAAAAAAAACACACCAGACUUGAUCACAAUAAUAUCUGGAACACACAAUUCCCAGUCGAUAAGGAAUUGAAGUUUCUGUUUCUGACAUGACAUUUGAAAAGGUUUAAGGUUGAUGAACACUUUUGCAAGGCAUCAUAGUUCGUAAGUCCCAGCGCUUUGCUUUGUCUGAGAAGAGACGAUUAUAGAAUAAAUUAGCCUUACCUGAAAUCAAUUUGGCAUCAAGGGACCAUAUAUGUUAAUUUACCGCAACACAAGCUUAAUUAUGUCUUGUAAGUCAUUCUAUCCUCCUUUAUCCAGCAGUGAUGGCUUAUUGACGAUCUAUCUCCUGAGCUCCCUGCUCUGUGGCUAGGCUCCUGGAGCUAUUUGUAUUAUCAUUAUCGAUCUAUCAGUUAUUGUUAGAUGAGAAUAUGAGAAUUUCUUUAUGUUUUGUUUCUUGAAGAAAGGCAAAGCAAGUGUUUAUAGUUUUAAAACGACAGAAACCAAAACAGCGUCAGUAUCCCACCUCCUCAGCUGUGAGUCAUGCAGCUGUUUUGUGUGAAUGAAGUGAGCGUGCCUGAGUAAAUGGGUUUGUGGAGGCAGAUUGGAGUUCACAUACAAAAAAAAUGUGUACAUCAUUUGGAGCUGUCAUUUCUAUAAGUGCUAUGCAAGUAGAAAAGAAAAGUGAAGCUUUUCCAACUUCUUUUGGUUCCUCUAAGAGUAUUUCUAUUUUUACAGAUCAGAACAUUCACAGUUUUUUUGUUUGUUUUUUUUUUGUAUCUUUAAGUGGUUUCUGGACAUUCUGAUUUUGCAAAAGCAUUCUCCAUCUGGACUGGGAGAGCUGGAUCACUCAUCUCACUGAGGAUGCCAUAAAUGAUAAAAAUCAGAAUGGCACAUCAGGCUCAGGACAAACCGUGGCUUACAUGGUGAACCAUGCCUUGCAGGCCUUUGCCAUGAAGAAACAGCAGACUACAACCCGUUCAGUGAGCCAGCAGGACUUUUUUUUUUGUCAAUUCAUGGAGCAGAACUUUCCCUGCUGAGAACUACAAAGUGUUUUGCCUGCAGAUAUCUGGGUGUCUACUUUUCGGCCAUAAUCUCUGGAUUAUUAAAGCCGAACGUGACUGGUUGGCUCAUUUGAAGGAGACAAACUCUGCCUUUGUUCAAAUAUUGAGACAUUUUUACAGAAAAUCUAAAUGGUUCAGUGACAUUAUUUCGUCUCUGUGAAGCACCGAUUGUAAAUACCUGUUUAGCAUUCUUACUUGUAACUAAAUAUAAUUUUUAUGCAAUAAAUUAUAUUUCUUAGUUUAACAUGAU